AUGCUCAAGCCUCAAAAACCGGUAACGCGUGCAAAAAGAUCAAAAACUAUCUCGAUUAAAAAAAAACAAGGAAAAAGCGCGACUAAAAAAAACCAAGGAAAGCUCAAACCAAGAACAGCAAAUUCCAUAGAUUAUCUGCGAGGUCAAAGUCAGAGUCGCCUAAAAUCAAGUUGGGCUAACAUAAUUAAGCGUUAUAAAGACGUUUCUGAUGAAGAAGCUGAUGUGAUAGAUAUAAAUUCUCAAGAAGUCAUAGUUGAUCGAGGUGCUAUUCAAAAAGGUUAUGUGCACACAUUUGGAAAGGAAUCUGAUUUUCGUUAUUCGAGCUCUCCCUCGGAAGAGGACGAUGAUACAAUUUGGUGGUCAGAUCUUUUGUCUGAAGACGAGAUAGGAAUCGUAGAUACGACAGAUUUAAAGAGUGAAAGUAUCGAUCUCUCCAAAGAAAAAACCAAAUACAUAAAGGAAUCGUUCUUAGAAGAUACCGAUGAGAUAUCCCUUUGGAUCGAUGGUCACUUGUCUAGGGCAAAUUCCGAUCCGAACAUUUUAAUAGAAGACCCGGAAACAGAAUCUGGCGUCGAGGACGAGAAUUCUUCAUGUAAUGACACGGACUCUAUUGAAAUUCCAUGCGAUACUUCCUCUGAUGAACAGCCGAUCCAGCCAUCUUGCCUAGAAUAUGGUUGCAAGGGAAACAUCGAAAACUUGGUGAAAAGAAUCAAUUAUUAUGAUAUUGAGUCUGGAUCAGAAGGUUUUGAGACGUGUUCAGACUAUGAAUAA